GUACUGUUUUGUUGGUUCCUGUUCUUUUCGUUCUUUUCGUGCGAUGGUUUUGCAAUGGAGUAAUGAGGUGUUUGGAGUUCCAUUACCUCUUUAAAUACUCCUUCGAAACAGUCGUUCAUGCCUAUUUUCAAAAGUAUACCAGUGGAAAAGACAAGAAUGUCACCUCAGUUAUCGUGCUAGAACAUACAUUAGAUCAAAACACUGGAGAUGAAUACAUUGUUAGAAGAGGAAAGUGCGUCAAUGUACUUCCAUCAAUAUUUAAUAAGUUUCUUCCAUUUCCUGCUAUAGAAGUAGAGGAGAAAGCUUGGCUAAGCAGAAAAGAAAAAGUCCUCCAGCUACACAGUUACAAUAUAACUGCUUCAGACUAUGUGAAAGUUGAAGAGUACAGUACAUAUUUCCCAUCUGAAAGCAACGAAAAAUGGACAGUCAUGAAACAGAAAGGCGUCAUCACUGCAUUUGGCUUGGGACCAGUGUUUGGUAAAAUGCUGGAGGCAUUUGCAGUGCGUUUUUUUCAUCAUGGAGCAAACAAGGGUUUUAACAUUAUGGAAGAUCUUCUUAUGACAAUGCAUACCACUAGUAACUGUGUAACUGAAAACUGAAAUAUACAUUAACAUGAUGUACGUUGCAAGCCUCCUGACGGGUUUAACAUCACUAGCUCAUACCUACAUGAACAAUGUAGUAGUUUAAUUUUGUCCAAUCCUAGAGCCUGUAGAAACAAACCAUCACAUGCACAUCUUUUGUUUAGCUGUUAUUCAAUAGAUCAUUUUAGAGUGCCAAAUUACUGCUGUGUUCCUUGAUCACAGACUCAUUUGCAUAUGGUUAGCCUCAUAUCAGUGUUUAAAUAUUCAUAAAUACAAUUGAACCAGAGGUAAAAUAAAGAAUUCACAAUUUCAACAAU